UCCAUCCAGAGAUCCGAGAUGUCCUUUGCCUUCAUCACUGUGAUGGCACUGAUGUGCUCCUCUGUGGUGAUUGCGUUUGUCCUGCAGACAGGGCAAGAAGAUGCCAUACCGCUAGACUCCGACAGCAGGUGCCGUGGUUUGUCCCUGCAGUCCCUCCGCAAAGAGCUCUUGGCUGCUCUCAACCUGCAGACCGAGCCGCGGCUGCCAGAGGGCGCCAAAGAGCAGUGGAGUGGAACUGCUGAACGGCUCAAGGCUCUGGAAGGUCAAACGCGACUUGACAUGUUGACAAACUUAAUCCCAGAAAGUUUCACGCCCAAUUUCUUCCCUAUUUCUGUAGCUUCUUCCAACUCCUCCUCUGAUGAUGGUGGAGACACCUCAGGGUGCUGCUCCAGGACCUCAGAGGUUUUAAUGUCAGAUCUUGGCUGGGACAAUUGGAUGAUCUAUCCCGAGCGUGUGACCUUGGUGCACUGCGCCCCUUGUGGCCACAGCGCGUCAUGCAGGCCCCAGCCCACUGCCACCCAACGUGAUGAUUUGGAGGUUCAGGCGCCAUGUUGCCAGCCCAUCGCCCAGAACCCGAUGCCCGUCAUGUACCGGGACGAGUGGAACACCAUGGUCAUCACCUCCAUGCACCUGACCCGUCGCUGCGGAUGCCUGGCCGCCCUGCAGCCUUCCCAAGAGUAACAAUUGUCACCUGUAUUCGCUAUCGCACUGUAAAAAAUCCUUUUGACAAGAAAUUAAUCAUCAAUUUAGCAAACAACCUCACAAAACUGACCCAUUUUGGGGAGCAGUUACCACGAACCACGAAAAGCUUCCGAGAAGUUCUGCAUUUCGUUUUCUACAAGCACCAUAACACUUCAUGCAUGUUUUUCGGCGAGAAAUGACCACACAAGGACACUCACUUGACAGACCGGAUUUAUUGCCUAACAUUUGAUCCUCGGUUAAGUCUCCUUGAUGUCGGGGGGGGCAGCGUUUUAAAAGCCGCUCUAAGGUACGGAAUGUUCCCUCCAAAAAUGUGCAAACGUCCGGGAGCCAAAUUAUUCGCCUUGUCUCUGCUCAACAAUUUUUUCCUCUUUUGUAGGAAGAAGUCUGUUCGGGCAUGUGAACCCUUAACAAUUUCCAUACAAAAGAAAAUGUGUUGGCUUCAUGUGCAGACGUGCAAGGGAAGUCUUUUUUUUUUUUUUUUUAAUUAUAAGAAGGCGUGCUUUGUUUGAUCAAUAUUGUCCAAUGAAAUGCAUUUAUUUUGUCUAUUUUUUAUUUUUAUUUAUAGAGACAGCCUCCACUUCUAAUCGUAUAAUUAAGGCGCAUGUUUAUGUAUUCAUAGCACCUCAACUUAAUCAUGCAUGAGUUCACGAUUCACUGGUAGCAUUUUCGUGUUUAAUAAAGACUAUCGGAAUGAGCUUCUCAUGUUUGCGCAGCCUUUGUGGUUUAUUAAUAGAAGUUUCUGCAAAGCUUUCACGCCUGCCAAACAGUUUGAUGUGCAAUUUCAGGGGGAAGGAAUAUAGCCAAGGAAUGAAUGUUGGCGUCAUACUCCAGGAAAUCGGUCGCUCCCGAGGGGAAGAGCAACUUGUUGCGCACUUCAGGAUCUUGCAGUAUUUGCGUGUGGAAAAGCCUUCCCUAUUUCAACUCCGACGAACCCUGCGAGAAGACAGGCCCGAGUUGUCCUGACUCAUUGCAAAGGGAAUAAUGACGCCAUAUUUGGCCACGUGGGCGUCUUUCUGCGUGCUGUCCUCGGUUCUUCUGGCUUCACGCGCGAUCGAGUGCUCAGGCAAGGAAACGCUGUUGCGACCGCUCCCAAGCGUCUUGCCACAACUGACGGAUUGCUUGAUGGAGUGCACGGAGAAGACGUUCGCCAGGAAAUUGCAGAUGGAGGAUAAGCAUAAUAUACGGAUGCAAGACUCCAUUGAGGGAGCCCUUGGAGAAUAUUGCUGGUCAACCAAUAUCAAGUGCAACAGUGGUGAGAGCUUCCAACAAGCCUUCGUGGUGUUGCCCAUCCACACGUCGGACGUUACCCCAGAGCCCGCAGAGGUGAGAUGGCAGGCUAACCCUCUGCAAGAGCACACUACUCCCAUCACCAUCCCGGAAGCCUGUGGACUCCGCUACGACGUCAGCGACCACUUCGGCCCGGGCAGGAGGGUCGACUCGUUCUGUGUGGAGGUGGUCGGCCAACAGGAUGUCCCGGCCUUUAAGUGUCCGCCCUACCUGGUCACGUUCUGGCAGAGGAAUCCAACUCUGAUAUGAGAUGAGGGACACUCCCAGUCAGGUUGUCCAGUCAUGCUGCUAAUAUACCAGAGGUGGGCGAUGCAUUUGGUGGCCUUCAGUGGGAAUUUAUCUGAAUGAAUCCACCUCUUCAUAGCACAACGAUGGUGUCACAAUUAAAGAAAACAUCAAUACAAUGUAACAGCACGCAACAGCGUAUUAUCUAAUGGCACAUUACAUAACCCUGACAAAAACAGCACACUUUAAUAAUAUUUGUAUUUGUGUGUGUGUGUUUGCGUGUGUGUGUGUGCGUGUGUGUCUGGGUGUUUUCUCUGCAAUAACAAAAGUGCAAAAUAUAAUAUUUAAUAGACUUACAAUACAGUCUAUUACCCACGUUUGUAGAGAUUUUUCAGUGCAGACUUGCUUGCUAGUUUAUAAGAAAUCUACAUUUUAAUAAUUAAAUUUGGUGGUUUAUUAAUAAUAGAAAUUAUUGUAUGAAUUAAAAUUUAAUUCAUAAAAUAAUUUCUAUACUACAAAUGUGACCCUCUCGAGGAUGAAGCGGGUCAGAUAAUGGAUGAAUGGAUGGGUAGAUGAGCAAAGAUAUCUGUUGUGUUUGUAUUAGAAAUGAAAGAAAAUCUCAGAGGAAUAGUUUGCUUGGUUUGCCAAGGUCAGUCAAAAUCCAGAAAUUACGUAACACUGCCCUCUUUUGGUUAAAUCAGUACAGUGACUUUGUCACUUAUGUUUGUACUACAUUUUUUGUACAGUAUGAAAAGUGCUAAUAAAACAAAAAAAUCUGAA